CAGUUCUCCGUAAACAUGCGUAGAUGUCUUGAACCACAGAAGCUUGAUGUUACAUCAGAUGAUGAUAAAAAUCCAGAAGUUUACGAAGAAAGAUUCAAUACCAUAGUAUAUAAUGGAGUUGUCGCUCUUGGUAUAGGACUUGGACACAAAGUUGGUCUUUUUAAAACGCUUCUCGAGUUGUCAGAACCAGAGACCUCGCAAUCAAUAGCAGACCAUGCAGGAUUACAGGAGAGAUAUGUUAGAGAGUGGUUGUUUUCAAUGGUUGCCGCCAAAAUAGUUUUUAUAACAGACGACAACAAAUACUUCAUACCAGCUGAUUGUAAGACGAAAACAUCUAAAAGCUUGUUUGCGACAAUGAUACCUGCUGCUGCUCCUCUAACCAAGGAUGUGGAGAAAUGUUUCAGGUCAAAAGACCAAUCAGCAGCUGGGUAUGACUUUUCAAAACUUGGUGAAGUAUUCGAGUUUAUGAAUCAGGACAGAAUGAGCUGUGACGGAAAAUGGAUAGAAGAAAAUCUAGUUCCCUCUCAAUACAAAACUAAAGACAAAAUCAGGACAAUACUGGACAUUGGUUGUGGGGUUGGUAGAAUAACUGUAAACAUGGCCAAGUAUUUCCCCGAUGCUAAACUUAUCGGAAUUGAUGUAGAUAAGUUUGCAAUAGAGACUGCGCUUAAACUGAAGGAAGAGGAGAAAGUAACAAACGUUGAAUUCUACCUAAUGGGUGCGGAAGAUUUAAAACCAGAAUGGACAGGAAUGUUUGAUUGGGUGACAAUUCUUACAGUUCUGCAUGAUCUCCCAAAUCCAGAUCCAUGUCUUCAGCAAGCUUUACGUGUAAUGAAAGACGAUGGCGUAAUGACAAUUCUAGACCCACUGUGUCAUUCGGAUCCGAAACUAAACGUUGGAAGUAAACUGUUUGCAUCGUCACUAACAAUAAGCUGUUAUGUUUGCCUCCCUAGUAGUUUGUCAGAACCGCCAGCAGUGGGAAAUGGAAUUGGCUGGGGAUUCGAAAACAGGGCAAAAUACUUGAAACAAAAUGGACUGACUGUACACGGAGACGAUUCUGUUGCUGUCAUCCAUUGUUCAAAAGCCGGGAUAUAGCUAGGACAGUUUCUCUUCAGUCAGUAAACUGAUCAAUUCAUUAUUUUUAAAUUGAUGAAAUUAAACCUGUAUUCAUGAACCAUUGAUCUGUUUUGAAAUAGUGUUACCUUAUAUCAUAUUCAUAUAUACACCCUGAAAAAAAGUAUUUCAACUCUUCCAUUAACAAAAA